AUGCGGAGUGGUAGAGACGAAAUGCGGCUAUCGUUGCAAUCUCAUAAUACUAUAGUCACCUUAAAGAGCGAGUAUAAGUCAACCUUAAGACAUUUUCGAGAGAAGCAUUUCUAUGAUCGGAAGUGUCUCAUGUGUUACGAAGAUCUCUUACAUGAGAUGCAUCUUCGCAGACACGCGUAG